AUGGAGAAAGAGAGACACCAUUUUGGAGGUUUCAAACGUCAAAGAUUUGUACAACAUUGUUACCUUUUUCUCUUCAUAUUCUUCUUUACCCUUUUCACAAAAUCUGUGUCUCAAGCCUUUGAUUAUGCUGAUGCACUCUCAAAGAGCCUACUUUACUUUGAAGCGCAACGCUCUGGGAGACUACCAUAUAACCAGCGUGUCUCAUGGCGUGACCAUUCUGGUCUCAUAGAUGGUCUCGAACAAGGGGUGGACUUGGUUGGAGGGUACUAUGAUGCAGGUGAUCAUGUGAAGUUUGGAUUACCAAUGGCAUUUACAGUGACUAUGCUAUCAUGGGGUGCCAUAGAGUUUCGGCAACAAAUUGAGGAUGCUGGUGAACUAGAACACACAAUGGAAGCAAUAAAAUGGGGAACUGAUUACUUCAUCAAAGCUCACACUAGUCCACAUGUGUUGUGGGCAGAGGUGGGUGAUGGAGACACUGACCAUUACUGUUGGCAACGCCCUGAGGACAUGACAACUUCAAGACAAGCAUUUAAGAUUGAUGAGGAAAAUCCAGGUUCAGAUCUGGCUGGAGAAACCGCUGCAGCUAUGGCAGCUGCCUCCAUUCUCUUCAGGAACACUAACCCACAUUACUCUCACCUGCUUCUACACCAUGCUCAGCAGUUAUUUGAGUUUGGGGAGAAGUACAGAGGAAAAUAUGAUGGGAGUGUUGGAGCAGUGAAGAACUACUAUGCGUCGGUGAGUGGAUACAUGGAUGAGUUGUUGUGGGCAGCCAUGUGGUUGUACAAAGCCACCGACAAGAAAGAGUAUUUUCACUACGUUAUUUCCAAAGCUCAUACCUUUGGGGGCAUUGGUUGGGCCAUCACAGAGUUUAGCUGGGAUGUUAAAUAUGCUGGCCUCCAAGUCUUGGCCUCAAAGUUUUUGAUGAAAGAAAAACACAAGAAGCAUGCUGAUAUACUUGAAAAAUACAGAUCAAAAGCAGAGUACUACAUAUGUUCAUGUCUCAACAAAAACAAUGGAAGUAAUGUGCAACGAACACCAGCAGGAUUACUCUAUGUAAGAGAAUGGAACAACAUGCAAUACGUUUCAACAGCAGCAUUUGUGCUCACAGUGUAUUCUGACUUACUCCAAACCGAGAAUCGAAAGCUCAAUUGCCAUGGUGAGAUAGUGACCCAUGAAGAGAUUCUCAAUUUUGCUAAGUCACAAGUUGAUUACAUUUUGGGCUUAAACCCACAUAACAUAAGCUACUUGGUGGGGUAUGGGCAUAGAUACCCCAAAAGGGUGCAUCAUAGAGGGGCAUCCAUUGUGUCAUAUAGAGAGAAUAAAGGGUUCAUAGGGUGCACACAAGGGUAUGAUAAUUGGUACAACACCCAGCAACCAAAUCCUAACAUUCUGGUUGGGGCUUUGGUUGGAGGGCCUGAUUUACAGGACAAUUUUGAGGAUCAAAGGAACAAUUAUAUGCAGACUGAGGCUUGCACAUAUAACACUGCACCAUUAGUUGCUGUGUUUGCAAAACUCUUGCAAACAGACAAGAAAAGGUUGGUUCAUCUUUCUGAUUCACCAUUGGCUGCUUCCUUUUAA